AGUACUCACAUUAUGACUGCCGCUACCUCAGCCGGUGUCUGUGAAUGUUGCUUGGAUAUAAAACUAAGCGGAUUUGAGAUUAUGACCAACAACUAGCCCACAAACACACCAUAGUGUUCUGGUUUGGACUGGGGAGGUAGCAGUGCUGGUGUUGGUUUGGGACGAGUGGUUUAUAAUGACAAUGUUACGGUUCUGUCACAGAGGCUAAUCAUUUACGGCAACGUGAAGAAACACACCAGCUAAACUACUGCUUUUAUAUACAAGACACCAUGAACUACGUGGGGCAACUGGCAGGCCAGGUGCUUGUGACGGUAAAAGAGUUGUAUAAGGGCAUUAACCAGGCUACUCUGUCAGGCUGCAUCGAUGUGGUGGUGGUACGGCAGAAGGACGGCACCUACCAGUGUUCCCCUUUCCAUGUGCGCUUUGGCAAGCUUGGAGUGUUGCGCUCUAAGGAAAAAGUGAUUGACAUAGAAAUAAAUGGGGAGCCAGUGGACCUACACAUGAAGCUGGGAGACAAUGGAGAAGCUUUCUUUGUGCAGGAAACGGAGGUGGAGAAUGAGGUGGUCCCAGCUCACCUGGCCACUUCGCCAAUCCCCACUGAGAGUCACAUGUUCUGGCUUGGGGGUGACUGCGAACCGACUCAAGACUUUGACAAAGACACUCUGGAUCUUGAGGAGCCUCCCGAACCACCUCUAGCCAGCACCAGCACAGCCAAAAAGAAAAAGAGACGCAGAAAAAAGCAUAAAGGGGACCCUCGACGUGAGGAGCUGACUCCACCUGCCUCCACUGGCACCUCCACCAACACCUCUGCCAACACAGAGGAGAUUUUUGAGAUGGACCUGAGUUCUGAUGAAGAAGCUGCUUCCAGUACACGAUCCUCUUCAAUUAGCACAACAAAAGAACUUGAAGCCAGAGUACCAGCAAUUCGUCAUUCUCCAGAGACCUACCCUUUUUCUGAUGGAGACUGGUUACCUUCAGAGAGUCACGCCAUAUCAGAGGCCUUUUCUCCAAAAAGCGACUCUGAACUAGUGAUCAGACCCUCAGACAGCAUGCUCAAAAUGGAGUCUCACAUGCAGUGGACAUGGGGAGAGUUUCCAGAACCCACCCGGAUAACCAAGAAGGAGAAGACUGAGCUGCCGAAGACUGUGACCAUAACUCCAUCAGAGACCACUCACUUCAGGGUGAUUCUUAGCUCUGAGGCCAUGGAGCCGGAAGCUGAGGAGAAAUCCGGCCUGGAACCAGAACCUGUAUGCAAAAUUGUAAAGCCUGAGCCUCGCACCCCAGUCACACCUAUCUCUCCCAUAACUCCGUCUGACUGUAUGACCACGUCCACCCCAACAGAGCCCCACACUGCUGUCCCUAACCCACAAGGUGGAGUCAUUGGGGACGUCUGCCCCAAGACAGACUCCCCAUCUAAAAAGAAAGGAGUGCCAAAGAGGAGUCAGCACCAGGGUCCAGAGGACAUCUACCUAGAUGACCUGAAUGUGCUUGAGCCUGAUGUGGCAGCACGCUACUUUCCUAAGAGUGACUCAGACGCCAAGCACUGGAUGGAUUCAGGAAUGCAUUCAGGUUCUCAAUCCCCCCAGUCGGUGGGCAGUGCAGCAGCUGACAGUGGAACAGAAUGCCUGUCUGACUCUGCAUCAGACCUGCCUGACGUCACACUCUCUUUGUGUGGAGGGCUAAAUGAGAAUGCAGAAAUAUCUAAAGAAAAGUUUAUGGAACACAUCAUCACCUACAAUGAAUUUGCUGAGAAUCCAGCCUUAAUAGACAAUCCUAAUUUAGUUGUGAAAAUAGGAAACAGGUACUACAAUUGGACAUUGGCUGCUCCGUUAAUUUUGAGCUUACAGGCUUUCCAGAAGAAUUUACCUAAAACUACAGAGGAGGCCUGGGUUAAAGAAAAGAUGCCAAAAAAGUCUGGCCGUUGGUGGUUUUGGCGAAAAAGGGCAGACAGCACUAUCAAACAGUCGGAGAGCACUGAAAAACUGGAGAUGAAGGAGGCACAACUGAAAGAGAGAGGAGCUUCUCUGGAAAGCCACACCUGCAAAGUGGAGUCCAGAGAGUCAUCUAGUGAUGAGGAGGGCAAGGAAGUGAGUGCGGCCGCUGCCUCUCUGGAGCGUUCAGCUCAGUCUGAGCCGCAGCCCCCAACACAGCCCAGCACGCACUCCUACCGCAAGUCACUCCGUCUCUCUUCUGACCAGAUUGCCAAACUAAAGCUGAAGGAUGGUCCUAAUGAUGUUACCUUCAGCAUAACCACCCAGUAUCAGGGCACAUGCCGCUGUGAAGGCACUAUCUACCUGUGGGACUGGGACGACAAAGUCAUCAUCUCGGACAUCGACGGCACAAUCACAAAAUCAGACGUGUUUGGACAAAUCCUGCCUCAACUGGGGAAGGACUGGACUCAUCAAGGCAUCGCCAAGCUGUACCACUCUGUGGCUGAGAAUGGCUAUAAGUUCCUGUACUGUUCGGCGAGGGCUAUUGGCAUGGCCAAUAUGACUCGCGGCUAUCUGCAGUGGGUGAACGAUGGUGGUACAAUUCUGCCCCGUGGGCCCCUCAUGCUUUCUCCAAGCAGCCUCUUCUCUGCCUUUCACAGAGAAGUGAUUGAAAAGAAGCCAGAGAUUUUUAAGAUUGAAUGUCUUACUGACAUCAAGAACCUGUUCCAUUCCAACAAAAAUCCCUUCUAUGCUGCAUUUGGAAACAGGACAAACGAUGUGUUUGCCUAUAAAGAGGUUGGCGUGCCUGUCUGCAGGAUCUUCACGGUAAACCCUAAAGGAGAACUAAUUCAGGAGCAAACCAAAGGCAACAAGACAUCGUACAGCCGGUUGAGUGAACUGGUGGAGCAUGUGUUUCCCUUGCUGAAUAAAGAACAGAGUUCAGCGUUCAGCUUUCCCGAGUUCAGCACCUUUUGUUUUUGGAGACAACCCAUCCCUAAGAUCAGUCCUGAAGACUUGCUCUUGUAGGCCAGCCUUAACCUGUUUCAAAAAAAAAAAAAAAAAAGGAACUGUUUCUUUCUGUACAAACUCAAAUUUUUGGUAAAAUAAUUUACCAGAUUAAGUGAAUUAACGUUCUUUGAAGGUAAAGCAUUGCAAGAAAGUUCUCACACCCAUAGCUGCAACUUGAUACCAUUUUUUCAUCAAUAUCUGAGCCAUGCUGUGUACCAUUUGGAAUAAUUGUAUGGGAUAUCUGUUCUAAUAUGAACAGUACAGUACAGUAGUUAAGCUGUUGAAGCAGAUCUAAAGGUCACAUUGAACCUCUGGGUGGGCUGCACACAUCAGGGGGAUAAUUAGCCUGUCUGAGUGCUAAUUUGCUUCUCUGGUUUGUAAUAGAUGUUCUUUCUAAUUUAUAUGAUGAAUGCUUUUCUUAAAAGCAUCUAACCUGGCCCCAUUAAUUAUGCGGACAUACCCGUGUUAAUUACUUUCAUACCAUUAGUUGUGGUCUGUUUAAUUUUUUGGCAGGCCAGUCCUUACACCGUGUAGGUCUUUAUCAAUACUGUGGUGGUCCAGCGUAGGCCAGUGUUUAGUCUUGAGGCCUAUGUGGUCACCGGCCACACUAUGGGUGCAGUAAUACAGCAUGUUUAGUAGAGAACAGAAAAUGAAGCGUGUGAGGAAACAUAGGAUUACAAAAGAAAUUAAUAAUAGUAUUUAUUUAAUGCUAAUAUAUUUAUCUGUUUAUAAUAAUGAACUAUUAUGGCAUAAGAAUGAAUAAUAUUACUGCCUCUAAAACGUGGUGAAUGAAGUCCUGGCUGCCUGUGUAAUGCUAAAAAAUGAGGCAUGAUCAGAAAUACCUGACUUGUCUUUUGGUGCUGCUAUUGAAGUAAGUGCUAAUCAGCUGCGUUGCUGAAUAUGCUGUUUUUUUUUUUUUAUCCCUGCACAGCUUCGGCCUGAUGAUACACUCAGGCUUUCAGCUCCAGCGUUUAGGCCCACCACAUUAAGGAAAGCUUGCAUCUGUUUUCCAGGUGUUUUCCACUCAUUAAGAAUUUCUUUGUCAUGCUGCUUUUGCAAUGCCUUACCGAUCGCACUUUCAGCAGCAAGCCAAAAGAACACCGGGGAUCCUCUUGCACUUGACGAAAGGACUGCAUCAUCAUUGGAAGCUAUUCAGCGGUCCUCAGUUCUUAUUUUCAUGAUAGUAAUAAGAGAUAAUGUGCACAUUUUACUGUUGAUUUGGUAUAGCUGGUAAAUUAGACCUUUUUUGAUAGGCUGAAAGUAUAUUAGUCACAUUAACCAGUAAAUACAUUUAUUGCGUAUGUUUAGUAAAGUUCUAGUAAGGGUAUUAUAGUCUUGACAGGCAGGCUAAAAAAAUGUGUUGAUAGUGUGCUGGUAAAGACCGUCUGUAGUUAUAGAGGUAUUUUGUAACAGUAAUACCAUCAAAGCAUGUACAAAUUGUAAUGUGUUUUUUUAGUAGAAUGCAGCUAAUUUCCAAUAGGAAUCAGCCUUUUUUAUUAGACAUCUGCUAAUUGAGGUGUCUGUUGUCAAUAGAAUAUUAAGACAAGCCGGUCUUUGCCUGACUAACUGCGUAUCGUGUUUGUUUCUAGGUUCUCUUCUAAGUUGUUUUAGGUUCACUGUACGUUGAAGAGGCUUGCACACACUCCGCACAAAAAACGAGUACUUUAUUUCCAGAAGAACAUGUACAGGUUUAACAUUUUUUGGAGGAAAUACAAUAGGCGUGGUUUGGCUGUUUGAUUAGUUAGAGCACAUUUUGUCUUUAUGAUGUGUAGUGAGUAAUCUGUCUGUUAAUGAUUAACAAAGUGAUUCCAUUCUUUCUAUGAAAGUAAAACUUCUUGUGUGGGAUGGACACACUCAUUUAGGAGGGUUGUUAAAAGAUUAAAAAAAGACCUUUAUAAUUACUGUUCAUUACUCUUGAUUUGGUGUUUAUUUUAUAUGUUUUUAUUUGCUGAUGCUGAAGUUUGUUUUGGUGUUUAUGUAAAGAUUGAAGUUACCGUGUAAGACCAUAUAAAUACCUUUUAACAUAUACUUACUGUAUGAAUUUAUGGAGACUGUUUUGGAAAAUGUUUAUAAAACCAAAAAACUAUUAAAAUGCAUUUAUUACAAA